CUGAAUAUUAACAGAUACAGGAAGAUCCCAGGAGAUGUGUGUGUGGGAGGGUUUUCUCCAUCGGGGCGACAGAUAGACAUGUCCAUACAAUGCUCCGAGGAUUCCAAAGAACUUGUACUGGAGGAAAUUACCUACAAGAAGGAGUCGGGAGGUCACAAUAGCAGUGUGAUAGCGGCGGUGGUGAUCAUUGUCGUGUUGUUAGUUGUUAUCAUGGGUGUCUUCCUAGUCCACAAAUACAUAAUACUCAGGCGACACCGCGUGGUGUACAGAUAUUCCCUGUUGAAUCAGAACGACGCGGAGCAGUAUGAUAAUGAGUUUGAGACCGCAAUAUCUACCACAUCCGCCACGGUAUACCACGACUCAGAUGACGACGAGGAGCUGAAUUCUCCUGCCGUCAGGAAAGAGAAGAAUAUGUACGGAAGUACGGCAGGGAGCCAGUCCAGUUCAAAUCACACACGGGUUAAAUCGUAUCACGAUGAUUCAGAUGUAGAUAUGUUAGAAUAAAUUCUAGGAGAAAUUGAUUCCACUCCGACAUUCCUUUUACACAACAACUGCUGUUUUGUUUUUUCCUGAUGUUUUUUUUUAACAACUGUAUUUCAUGUGUGGAAUGGUUGUUUCAAAAAAAAAUUCUGAUGGAUUAGAAAAAAAAAAUCUUUAUAAAAGUCUUCUGAAGUAAUGCUUAAAAAUAAUCAGCUGCAUUAGUGAGAAAAGGGAGGACUCUACAUUUAUGAAAAAUACUUCUUGUCUCUCAAUUAUACUGUCUUAUGCCACUCUGUUCGAAGACAUCACAUGAAGAAGGAAAUUUUUAAAAUAAGACUGACGAGUGUUUUCCCUAAGUCUUCACAUAUAUGUCAUACAGGUUUGUUCUCAAUCCUGCUCAAGAAUCGGGAUGGAUAAAGAUGACGCUUUUUUAAAAUCUGUGUUUCGUCGUGUAAAUCUGUACCAGCACGUCUCUAGAGUUAACGUUUACAGAGUAGUGAACAAGAAUGGUUUGUUAUUCUGUGUAUACAAGGUGGAGUGUUUGUAUUCUGUGAAGAAUCGGUGUGACAACAGUUUUGUUAUUCCUUUAUUUUCAUGAGGUUUAUUGGGUGUACAAAGUUUAUACUUUAUUUAUAGUUUAGGUGUUAGUAAGUUAUUUAUAAAUCAUUCUAUUUACAUGUGAUAUGGUUUCUUACUUGUUGUCGUGUAUAUUUCUUUUCUCUUAUUUCGGUGUUAGAGAGAGAGAGAGAGCAUCUAGAUUUUUUAUAAGUCUAUGACAUUACAUGUACAACUAGCAAUCUCCUUGAAUGUAAAGUUUUGGGUAGUAGUUUAGUAUCGAAGAAAUUAUCUUCAGAAUUUUUCAGUUUAAAGUAUACUAUCAUUCAUAAUUGUACAUAAUAAUGAAUUCUAUUUUCUUUUCUUUUUUCAGUAUUUAGACUUAGCAAUAACAAUGUUCCGUUCAUGAAAUGAUUUGAUAUUGACUUUGUGUUUUGUAUGCAGAACUUCACAGUAGGUUAGAGGAUGAAUGAAAUGUUAUACAUUUCUUUGGAUCUCAUUACUGUACAUAUCUCUCUUUCUGAUUUUUCUUAACAUUUUUUCAAUGACUUAUAUUAAUGUUCUUCUUUAAGUAAAUAUCUCCUUUGACCUUAUAUAACAUCCCACUUCUAACAUAAAUUUGACGAACUCCUAAUUUGUAUACUAACCAACUUUGUAUUUUAACCAAGCUUUUUCAUGUUGGGUCACUUGUUCAUCUACUAAGAUUCAAAGCUCAGCAGAUAAAUUUGUAUUGUUUGUUUGUUUGAAUUAUUUGCAUAGCACUGUUGGCAUCUUUUGAUUGACAUAUAAAAAUUCACACAAAAAGGGGAGCAGUUAAGUAGCAAUUUAGCAGUAGAGGCAAUUAUACUAUGCAUAAUGUAGUGGAAAAUAGAAUAAAAGUAAAAUCUCUUUCUGAAAGUGUGAGCUUGUGAUAGGUAUGAGUAUUGUAUAUAUGUUUUGCACAUUUGUUUAUAUUUCUUAAUGAUUUGGAAACAUUUAUAAUUUGUGAUUUACAUUAAUUUGGCAAGUCUUGACACAGUCAACAGUAUACACUGUAUUGAUUUCUUUUAAAUGAAUGAAUUGUACAUCAUUCCAUGUUUUCAUUAUUGCAGUGUUAGCUUUAAUGUGGCACAUUAUGAGAUUUUCAGAAAGUUAUGUUUUGAUAAAAAGAAUUAUGUUAUGAAAGGGAAAAGAGUAGUUAUUUUGUUGUUUG